UUCUUAUGUCGAGUAUGUUUGAAGAGCUUUCCUUUGCAGCGACUUCUCAAUCGCCACGUCAAGUGCCACACGGACAUCAAACGCUACCUCUGCACAUUUUGUGGCAAAGGUUUCAACGACACUUUUGACUUAAAGAGACACACAAGAACACACACUGGAGUCCGUCCAUACAAAUGCGAGCAUUGUGACAAGGCAUUCACACAACGUUGUUCACUGGAGUCACACGCGAGGAAGGUGCACAACGUUCAGUUCAAUUACAAGCACAAGGAAAGGAGAGAUAAGUUGUACGUGUGUGAGGAGUGUGGUCACUCGACGAGACAGUCCGAGGAGCAUUUUGUACACAUGAAUGACCAACAUCCACACGUGCCU